UUCCCCGCCCCCCGCCCCCUCCCUCAAUCUUUGCCACCGACGGCGAAACCACCCAUCUGCCCCCCGCCCAGUGGAGAUCCGGAUUUGGCUUCCCUCGUAAACCCUAAUCUAACCCCACUCCUCGCUAAUCCAGUCCACUCCUUCGACGGUCGCCUUCUCCCUCCGAUCUCGACCGAUGCCACGUCCACGCGGGCGCAGAUCCGGUUCGGCGAGGACGGAUCCCAAAGAGGGCACCGCGCCACCGGCGCCGGAACAGGCGGCUGGUCCGCCGCCACAGGAAGAGUCCGCUGCGCCGGUGGAGGAAGAGAGCGCGGUGCCAGUGGCGGAAGAGAGCGCGGGGCCAGUGGAGGAAGAGAGCGCGGCGCCGGUGCCGGUAGACGAAGAGAGUGCGGCGCCGGCGCCGGCGGACGAAGAUAAUGCGGCACCGGCGCCGGUGGACGAAGCGAGAAAAGACGUGGACGUUGAACUGGAUGCGGCAGCGGGGGAAGAGGAAGGGGCGCGUGUGGGCGAGCCGGAGCGGACGCGCGAAGAGCUCGAGCGGAUGGUCAUGGAGCUCAGCCUCCAGAACGAGAACCUAAAGUCCCAGAUCGCCGUCGCUCAGCAGCCGGCGAGCAACGAGGAGACCGGAGGAGACAAGGGGAAGGAGGAGGACUCAGAGCUCGUUAGAAGCUUGAAGGAGCAGGUCGAGAAGCUGAAUAAGGAGGUUCAGGAGCAGAAGCAGACGCAGAAGGUCGCGGAGGCAGCCCUCGAGCACGUCAAUGUGGCCUACGCCGAGGCGGAUGGCAAGUUGCAGGAGCUCACGGUGAAGCUCACAGAAGCUCAACAGAAAAUGGAAAAAGAGCUAAAAGAACGAGAUGAAAAAUAUGUUGAGCUGGAUACCAAGUUCCAGAGGCUUCACAAGCGUGCAAAACAACGUAUACAAGAUAUACAGAAGGAAAAAGAUGAUCUGGAAGCCCGGUUUAAUGAAAUUAAUCAGAAGGCUGAGCAAGCUGCUUCUCUGCAACUAGCGGCACAGCAGGAACUGGAACGUGCUCGUCACCAGGCCAGUGAGGCUUUACGUGCAAUGGAUGCUGAAAGACAGCAAUUGCGGACUGUGAACAGCAAGUUGAGAUCUAACUUUGAUGACACACGUCUUGCUUUGGAGGCCAGGAAUAAUGCCCUUGAAAAGUUGCAACAGUCAAUACUUGAAAAAGAGCAGAUGCUAGAACAAAUCCAAGGAUCAAUGCAAUCUGCGGAAGAAAAGAGGCAUGCAUCAGUUUCAGAGCUUGCUGCUAAGCACCAGAAGCAAUUAGAGAGCUUGGAGGCACAGCUAGCUGAGGUUUCUGCAGAGAGGACAAAGGCAUCUGAAACGAUUCAAUCACUACAGAUGCUACUCACAGAGAAAGAUUCAGAAAUAACUGAAAUUGAAGCAGCAUCAACUGGUGAAGCUGCCCGGCUUAGAGCUACCUUGGAGGAGGUUAAAGGCGAACUUGCUCAUUUAAAGGGCCAACAUGAAAAAGAAAGGCAAAGCUGGGAAGCAACAUGUGAAUCCCUUAGGGCAAAAUUGGAAGCAUCAGAAAGUGCAUGCCUUAGAUCUGAGGUAGAAGCUGCCAAAUCUAGAAGUCAAUUGGAGUUAGAAUUGUCAACACAAAAUCAAUUGCUACAAACCAAAGAUUGUGAUCUAAUGGCUGCAAAGGACGAGAUUAGUCGACUGGAAAGUGAUUUUUCUGCGUACAAGAUCCGUGCACAUGCACUUCUGCAAAAGAAGGAUGCUGAGCUGACCGCAGCUCAAAACUCAGAUUUUCUUAAAGCACAUGAAGAGGCAAUAAAGGAAGUUGAAAAGGAGGUGACAGCUGCCCUGGAAGAACGGGAUGAAGCCAUCCAGGCCCUUCAAGCUGCUCAAUCCAGACACAGUGAAGAGAUCGAGGCGAGGGAUUUGGCUCUUGCUGAUGUGGACAAAAAACUAAAGGAUGUCAUAAAAAAAUUAGAUUCUGUUAGUUCUCAAUUUCUCUCAGAAAAAGAAUCAUGGGAGAAAAACUUGGCAAGUGUAGAGGAAAACUGGAGAUUAAAAUGCGAGUCUAUGAAGGAUCAGAGUAAUGGUCAUGCUGAAGACCACCUUCAAAAGAACAUAGGGGCACUAACAUUGAAAUAUGAAAAAUUGAAGGAAGAGCAUGAAUCGUUCCGUGAUAUUUCUGAUAGAAUGAUUGAAGAGAAGGAACAUGAGAUAGCUAAACUCCUCAAGGAAAACAAGGAUCUUCGGCAUUCUUUAGAUGAUAAAGCAGCAGUCAGCAACAAUGAUAGUCAAAGUCCAGGGCAUGUUAAACAGGAUGUACUUAGUAUUGAAUUAGCUGAGCAGCAAAUUCUGCUUCUUGCACGACAGCAAGCACAAAGGGAAGAAGAAUUGGGUCAGUCACAGAGGCAUAUCUUGGCACUUCAACAAGAAAUUGAGGAGCUUGAGCGUGAAAACCGUCUUCAUGAUCAACAGGAGGCGAUAUUGAAGACUGAGCUCCGCAAUAUGGAGAGAUCGCAAAAGCGAGAAGGAAUAGAUAUGACAUACCUAAAAAAUGUGAUCUUAAAGCUUCUUGAAACCGGGGAAGUGGGGGCCUUGCUGCCUGUGGUUGCGACGCUUCUACAGUUCAGCCCUGACGAGCUCAAUAAAUGCCAAAAUGGUGUCCUCUCAAAUGUGGCUUCAUCACCAGCUACUGCAUUGCUGGAUGGUGGAUCCACACCAAACUCGUUCUUUGGACGAUUCACAUUCUAGUAGAGGUUCAGGACGUUGCUUUUGAAGAUUCACAUUGUAGCCAAGAGGUAGAUUCACAUUCGCAAGGUGAUCCAGAACCCUAGCAUGUCAUUUUACUGAUUCUAGAAGGUGAUAUUCAUUUAUUAUUUGCAGGCUUCUCAUCUCUUUCACCUUUUGUAAACUAGUGUAUAUAAACUAUAUAACUAUAUAUACUUGUGCUACGAGAAAUUUAUGCUCAGAGUGAAACAGAAGUACUAGUAGGAUCGGCAGCUCAUGUUUUGUUCAAGGAAAAUCACUGUAGAAACCGUUGUAUGAUUACAUUGAACAACGUCGAGCAUUCGAGAAUCAUACUACUGUGGAAAAAAUGAGUUCGCCUCGGUGCAGUGUUUUCUUU